AUGAAUCCAUAUCUCACCAGCCUUUAUCCACUUCUCAAAAUGAAUUUAUAUCCUACCAUGAAUCUAGAUCUCGCCAAGAAUCUAGAUCUCGCUAUGAAUCUAGAUCUCGCCCUAUAUCUUGACAUAGUGAUCAUGAUCGAUCAUUAUCUCCAUCUUAAUGACAUUCUUCAAGACAACAAUCACGAGAUAGAUCUCUAUCACAUAAUAGUGAUAGAAGAUCAGCAAAUCAAAACUAUACACACAAUCAAUAUGCAAGUUGAUAAGCGAAUAUUCGCUCAACUUAAGCAGUUGUAUUUAAUACUUAAGAGGCUUGACGAAAGUACGAACGAAAUAAAAGCCAGGCUAGAGCGAUUGGAAAAGCAACAUGAUGAAAGAGAGAACGAUCUCUCCACACAAGUGAUAGAUCAUAUUGAUUUGUGCUGA